CAAGUAUUCAAUAUGGCGGAUCACCAAUGUAAACAAUCCUAAGACUUUUAUUAAUCGUUAAUACUGGUUUUUGUUAGAACCACAAUCAUUUUGCCAGCGAUCAUGAAUGGGGCGCAAGGUUCUCGUCCCUUUGUUUUGACAUAUACAUCAGAUGAAAUAGAUCGAUUAGCCCACAGAGCUAUAGAUGGGGUUCGAAGUAACAAAAUUAAGCCAGUUGACUACGAAAAGCUAAGAAAUAUCGCUGCGGAGAAAAAGUUCUCCGCUCACAAAACUUUACUUAAAGUGAAAAAAUUUGAACAUCUUUCGAAACAGAACAAAGAGAACCAUUUGCUCAAACAGCACAAGCUGGUAUGGCAAAAAGAGUUUAUACGGUUGAAUAGCAUGAGAAAAAGAAUACAGUCAGAUAUCGAGCAACACAAUAGAGGGAAUUCUGAUACAGGGAUAUGCGCACAUAUUUAUCAGGAAUUUGAAGAUUAUCAGAAUAGUCUGGAAACUGACUUCAAUCAGUUUAAGAAAGCCACAACGGAACCUGUAUGGAACCUGAGAGAGGAUCUGCAGUACUGGAUGCAGGAAAACAUGGCUGACCUAAGGCUAGGAGCACCAGAUGCUGUGGAGAAACAUCAGGAAAUCCGUGGCAUGGUGAACUCUGUCAAAGCCCAACAGAGCCAGGUUCUUGAGAGAUUAAAACAUGAACAAGCAUGUCUGGAACAUGAGCUGAAGAUGGGUGAAGUAGGAGAAUUUGGCAGUGCGAACAUGUACAGACGUCCACACAUAGAACAAGGCAUUCCCGAGGAGGCAUUUGACCUUGAAUGUCCAGAUGAGGACCUUAAGGCCAACGUACUGAAGGAGUUUAUCUAUAUUGACGAAAAGUAUCUUGAAAGAUUAACAGAUUUAGAGGAAGACCAUGAGUGGACACUAAGUCAUGGUCACUAUGGGGGAUGGGAAGAAAAUGACCACGCCCACUUUGUUUGUAUCUACGACCAGUACACAUAUGACCUCGCAAACAGACGGACGCUAAUCAUCGACCGGAUCAAAAGACAGGUGCCGGGGAAAACGCGAGCUGAUAUUGUUGAGCAUGAAAAUUGGUGGGACACCUACAAGUUCUUCAACCAGCGUGCCAAGGCCAUUAUGGCCGACUGGGCGCGUGACAGACGUGAGCUUAUGCAGAAGGCUAGUUCAGUUUUCAUGGAGGCGUGUGUCGCUCAUGAGUUGGAAGAAGUUAAGCUGGAAUAUACAAAACGACAUGAGGCACUUAGGGAUGCUCUUUAUAAUCAGGUUAAACAUUGGAGGGAACAGAAAAUGGAGGUUAUGGCGAUACAGGCGGAGAUGUGGGAACAACAGAGAGUGGACAUUGAGAAAAGACGAACAGAAGAACAGGAAAAGGAGACAAAGAGGAGAAACGAUGAAAAACAAAAGGUUAAAGUGUUCCAAGAUGAGCGAAGUAAAAAGAGACAGGAAGAAGAGGAAGCCCACAAACAGAGGCUGGCAGCUGUACAACGAGCGCUAGAUGAGCAGGCUGUGUAUGAUAAGGAGAGGAUCAAGUUCAGAGAGGAACAGAUACAGAGGAAGAUUGAGGAGAGAAAACACAUGGAGGAAGAGAGAGACUUUGAAGAACAGGAGAAGGAGUAUCGCUUAGAGAUGCUGCGAGAAAAGGUGCGUGUGGUAGCGGAGAGUAACCCUGAGCGUAUGAUGUCAGACACUGCGGCCUGGCAAGCACAUCAGCGAGAAGAAGAGACAGUAAACAUACAGAAACCACUCUUUAAUCUCACUGGAUUUACCUCAACUCAGGUGACGUCAGACAAUCGUAUUCGACUGGAACAGAAAUUGAGAGAGGCCGGUCUCCAUACUUCUAACUACGCUCGCCAAAUGAUGAGUAAGGUAGCACCACCUCAACAACCAAGGAGAGAUAUGGAGUCUAAUGUCUUCAAAUAUGACUGAAUUUAUCUAAUAUUUGACUUACUCUAUUCAAAAUGUGUCAGACUAGAUAUAUAAAAAUAUGACUGGAUAUAUCCAAAGCAUGCCUUGAUACAUGAAAAUAUGACUGUGGAUAUAUUAAAGAUAUGAGUGAAUAUAUCCUAUAAAUAACUGACUGAAUUAUCCAAAACAUGACUAGAUAUAUCCAAACACUUUGAAUAUUGAAUAUAUCUAAAAUAUUAAUGAUAUUUAAGUGUUUGUGCAUGGCAUUCUAUGUGAAAGAGUGUCAUGAAACAUGACUAAAGUUUUAUAAUGAUAAAACUCAAGCAUGAGUAUUAAUGUGUUAGAAGAUUGUCUUUAAAGCUGCACUCUCAGAGAUAGACGGUUUUGACAACUUUUUAUCUCACCUGAGCACGAAGUGCUCAAGGUGAGCUAUUGUGAUCGCCCUGUGUCCGUCGUAGUCGUCCUUCGUCAACAAUUUGACUGUUAACACUCUCGAGGACACAAUUUGGGCACAAUCUUAAUGAAACUUGGACGAGUUAGAUAUUGGGUCAUCUGGGGUUGAAAACUAGGUCACUAGGUCAAAUUAAAGGAAAAGCUUGUUAACACUUUAGAGGUCACAUUUAUGAAUGUAUCUUCAGGAAACUUGGUCAGAAUGUUAAUAUUAAAAAUCUCAAGGUCAAGUUCGAAUCUGGGUCAUGUGUGGUCAAAAACUAGGUCAACAGGUCAAAUUUAAGGAAAAGCUUGUUAACACUCUAGAUGUCACAUUUAUGACUGUAUCUUCAUGAAAGAUUGUCAGAAUGUUUAUAUUAAUAAUCUCUAAGUCAAGUUUAAAUCUGGGUCAUGUGCGAUCUAAAACUAGGUCAUAGGUCAAAUCAUAGGAAAAGCUUGUUAGCACUCUAGAGGUCACAUUUAUGACUGUAUGUUCAUGAAACUAAUCAGAAUGUUUAUAUUGAUUAGCUCUAGGCCAAGUUCGAAUCUUGGUCAUGUGCGGUCAAAAACUAGGUCACCAGGUCAAAUUUAAGGAAAAGCUUGUUAACACUCUAGAGGUCACAUUUAUAACUGUAUCUUCAUGAAAGUUGUUCAGAAUGUUUAUAUUAAUAAUCUCUAAGUCAAGUUUGAAUCCUGGUCAUGUGUGGUCAAAAACUAGGUCAUUGGGUCAAAUCAUAGGAAAAGCUUGUUAGCACUCUAGAGGUCACAUUUACGACUGUAUGUUCAUGAAACUUAGUCAGAAUGUUUAUAUUGAUUAGCUCUAUGCCAAGUUCAAAUCUUGGGUCAUAUGCGGUCAAAAACUAGGUCACCAGGUCAAAUAAUAGGAAAAUUAUGUCAACACUCUAGAGGCCACAAUUAUGACCAUAUGUUUAUGGAACUUGAUCAGAAUGUUAUUCUUGAUGAUCUUUAGGUAGAGUUUGAAACUUAAAUGAAACAAUUUUCAUGUUUAUACUCCAACCAUAACAAGAACAGAAAAUAAAAAUGUACAAACAAAGACAAGUAUGCAUCCUUUCUAAGGUAGCAGACCACCAGACUGACAUUUCAAAUUCUCUAAAACUGUAAUACCCUCAACUAUAAUAUUUAACAUGUAGCAUUGAAAACUAGUCCUAAAUUUGUUUUAAUUAAGUCCCCUCUCGUUGCACUUUCCAUUGCCCUGAAAAACACUUAUUCCCUCCCCCUGUCACAAUUGCCCUCACCCUAAAAACACUUAUUUCACACUUGAAUUGGAUCAGGUGAGCGAUACAGACCUUCAGGGCCCUCUUGUUUAUUUUUGUCUUGGAAUGAGCCAUUUUUUUCAUAAAUAUCUGAACUUUAACUCAAUGUAUACUUUGUUUUCAUAUCUAUUUAGUAUGUGCCUGCAUAAAGCCUCAUGAUAUUUAGCAUUUAUACUUUCCUCAUGUUUGUAAACUCUGUUUGCAUUGAGUGUAUUAAUAAACUUUGAACUUUGAAUCUGAAAACCAUUGAUAUAAGACUACUGACAAAAGAUCAGAUCGCAGUUUUCAUACAAAUUCGAACGCUUGUUGGUCAUUGCUACAAUGUAGCUUGUCCUACUGAGCCUUCGUUGGUUUUUAUUAAUAAAAAAAAAUGUAAUAAAUUCAGUAUUAAAUGACCACUCAAGUAAUAUAUCCUCUAUUUUUACUAUAAAAUAAAACUUGCUUACAGUAUUAUUAUUAUUCUAUUACGGCUGUAGCUGUUUUAUUCUAAUAUAUGAGUGCAUUAUCAAAUAAUUCACUUUCAAAAAUUCACAACGAUCUUGUUAAUCACAUAUAUGUUAACUUAAACGAAGUGACUUAGGCUUGUAUUCUAAGUGAGAAUUAGAAUGUUUUUUGUAUACACGGCUUAUGUAAUUCUUUUAAUACAUAGAAAUAAAAGUUUAAAUUAACAUUUAAAUCGAAACAACCAGAGUCGAAUGAUCUAUUGCAGAAGAAUUUGCUUAAUCAUCAUGUGAUAAUGUGUUUCUUUGUUGUAAUUGUUAUAUCAAUUUUUCCUUAAGAAAUAUAGGAUGGCAUCAUAGCAAAGCAACAGCAGAUAUAUUGCAGAAGACUUACCGGGUAUUCAUUGUCCUGUGACAGUUAGUAUGUUUGUUUGUAACUGUUUAUGUAAUAAAGACUUUUAAGGAUGGCAUGAUAAGUGAGACAACAGCAGUUAUAUUAGAGAGGAACAAUUUAUUUUCCAGUGUUAGUUUGUAUGUUUGUUGUAGCUGUUCUAUGAACUUUUUAUAUAGAAAUGAAUGCUGGCAUGAUAUCGAAACAAUGGCAGUUAUAUUGGAAAAGAACAAUUCACUUUCCAGUGAUAAUUUGAAUGUUUGUUGUAACUGUUAUAAAAAUUCUUUAUAAAGAAAUAAAGUGUUGACUUGAAUGGAAACAACAGUGGCAAUAUUGGAGAAGAACUGACAAUUCAUUUUUCUGCAAUAGUUAAUAUACCGUAAAUUUCCUAUAGGAAUUACCUAAUGCAAUAAUACCCGUGCCCGGGGUCUUUUUGUGGGUCGGCCCUUUCCCAUUCUGUCAUAUGAACAAGACAUUUGCAAAAGAAACUGAGUUGUUCUUCUCUGAUAUAUCUACUGUCGUUUUAUUUUAAUUCAAUGUGGUUGUAAAAAUUGCUUUAUUUAAGAAUGUAUGCUAUUUAUUACAUUGAAAUGAAUUUGAAAGAUUAAAGAUGUUUUUGUUUUCAUGCCACUGUCUGUAUCAGAUGUACAAUUAUGUAAACUAUGUUUGCCUGGUAAUUUAGAAUUAAAGGGACUGUACUCCGUAUGAUAAAGCAGUGAAAAUAAGAGAAAAUUGUCGAAAACUGACAUAAACUUGGUAUCAAUGUGUACAAUGCAUUGGAACUUACUAACUGAAGUGCCAUAUAGUUUACAAUUAAUUUAUUUUCAGAGUUUUUUUUUGUAUUUUUCCAUUGAAAAAUAUUACUAGGUAUGUCUACCUAGUUGAAUUCUUUCCUUAUGCGUGAUUGGCUAGUCUAUGUUAUCAAGUGAUAUGACCAUGUUAGGUAUAUAGCUUAAAUAUUCCAACUAUGUAGGGUAAGCCUUCGUUGCACAGUGGAUACAGCACUGGACUGCAAUUUUGGCGACACCGGUUUGAACCCGGUCCCCAACUUGAUUUUUUGGUAUUUUUUUUACAGUUAUGAUAUCAAAGAGUAAAACAUUUCAUUAAAUAAUUGUCCUGAGAUUCGUUACAGAAAAAACAUUUUUUGGUGCUAAUCUGGUGUACAGUCCCUUUAAGGAUUAAAUGUGUAGAGAAAGAUUGGGUAUUAGUUAUAUAUUUGAAUAAAGUAGAUUUGUAACUCACUGUGAUAAAGGUAUUUAUAAUAUUAUAUAAUUAAGGUCACCAUUAUAUGCCCUUGACAUUCGCCAUAUUGAUGUUGAAUCACUUGUGAAAUCUGUAUAUACAUUAUACAAAUUUGAAGAAAAUAAAGAAUUAUAAGGUA